AGGGGUAGGGUAUUGAGGCACAGGCUGGGGUCUCAUGAGCCAGGUCACCCAGGGCUUCUGAGUUUGAACAUGGGGGUGGGCAAUGGAGAGUCCCUGAGGCAAUUACGGUUGGAAUAGUUAGGAAUUUCUGUCUUGCCGAUUUGUGGAGGAGAGCCUGGAGCUGUGGUGGGGGCGGGGCAGGGAGGCACAGGGGUGCGGAUGUGAGGUGCGGUGCCAAAUCAUCACACGAAUCACCCCCAUGUGGAAGUAAGAGGCACCUCAACCGAGGCAGAGCUCCUGAGCAGUCUGUACAGUGUCCUGGGUAUGACCCCAGGUGUGACUCCUGGGAGCAGAGGGUGGGGGUGGGGCAAGGCAGGCCUGGCAUUCCAGGUUCCCUGGGCGUGGAGGACCCGGCACACAUCACAAUGGGCUGGAGAGGCCCGGGAUUAUCUGAGCCAGCAGAGCGGAGGGUGGGCGUGCAGAGAGCACUUGAGGACCCCGGGAGCCGCCAUGAAGAUGUAUAAGGAAGGGGAUAUGGAGGAACAGAUCCAGGAGCUGAAGACCAUCACACGGCUCCAGGAGCAGUGCCGGGCGCUGCAGAUUCAGUCCGUCAAAGAGAAGACGGUCAAGAACAAGGCAACCAUGGCGCUCCUACGUGACAACAUCCGCCACGGAGCCCAAGAGUGGGCUCUGGCCAAGAAGUACGACCACUGGACCAUCUCCAAGGCCUGCGGGACCGACCUGCCCGUGCGGCUGGCUCACUGCCGCUGCACCAUGGAGGUGGCGCGGGAGAAGCUGUGCAAGUACGUCUUCGACCGCGUGAACGUACACAACGUGCUGGUCCACCUGGUGCGGCGGCGCGGGCAGAAGCUGGAGAGCAUGCGGCUGGAGCUCGCCAGUCUGGAGGGCCAGCCCGACGCCACCAAGGAGGAGCUGCGGCUGCUGCAGAUCAUCCGCCAGCUGGAGAACAACAUUGAAAAGACCAUGAUCAAAAUCACCACAAGCCAGAACAUCCACCUGCUGUAUGUGGGCCUGCUGGAAUAUCUGAAGAAAGAGCUGGCAGAAUACCCCACACAGCUGGACAAACUGCAAAACCUUGUGGUCAGAUACUGCUCGGAGCUAUCAGACAUGACAGUUCUGUCCCGAGAUGCCAUGAUGAUCACGGACGAGGUCAAGAUGAACAUGAGCCAAGCAGAGGCAUCCUUCAUCGAAGAGCGGAGGGCACGGGAGAACCGGCUCAACCAGCAGAAGAAGCUGAUUGACAAGAUCCACACCAAGGAGACCAGUGAGAAAUACCGGCGGGGCCGGCGGGACCUGGAUUUCCCCUCCAACUUGAUGAGCACAGAGGGCCUGAAAGUGAAGCGAAAGGAGACCUCCAAAGCUGACAUUGAAUACCAAGCGGAUGUGACCACGAUGGUGGAGCGUGUGAAGAGUGCCGUGCGCUGCUCCCACCUCUGGGACAUCGCUGGCCGGUUCCUGGCACAGAGGAACACGGAGGAGAACCUGGAGCUGCAGAUGGAGGACUGUGAGGAGAGGCGGAAGCAGCUGGAAGCCUUGAUGAAGAAGCUGGAGCUGGAGCAGGCGAUGCUCAAGUUCCGCCAGAUGCCGGGCUCUGUCAGCUUUGCGUCCCUUGAGAAUAAGAUGAAGGACAUGCUCAAAGAGGAGGAAGAUCGGCUCCAGCUGGCCCUCAGCAACGUUAGCAAGAGCCAGAAGCUCCUGCUGACCAUCCAGACUGGCGUCGACAACCUCUACAUUCGGCUCAUCGGCAUCGCCACGCCACCUGGCCAGAAAGAAGCUGUGGUCUCCAACCCCCUAGAUGUGUACAGCAAGCUGGCGUAUUGCGAGAGGAAGCUCAUGUACCUGGUGGACAGAGUGCAGAUGCUGACCAAGACUGAGGAGGUUGGCACGAAGGUGAGGGACAUCCUGGAGUCCUCCACGCUGAAGGAGAAGCAGAACACCAAGAUCAGCUUUGAGGACCUGGAGGAGGAUGUGAUAGAAACCUUCCAGUUCGCCGACGUGGACCACAGCUACGUCCCCUCGCGGGCCGAGAUCAAGAGGCAGGGCCAGCGGCUGAUAGAAGGGAAGCUCAAGAUGGCCAAGAAAAAGAAGAAGUAGCCCCUUCCCCUCUCCCGCGCCCUCCACCCCUUCGCCUGCGUUUUAUUAUCCAAAUAAACGUUUUUCCAGGACGGACGGGGGUCGAUGGGUGAGACGAGAC